AUGGAUGUCGCUGAAGAGGCUCACCGAGGCGUCAUUCCCACGUUUAUCGCCCAGUGCGUGAAGGAGUACUCGACGACACCGUCAUUCACUUGCGUGACGAGGCUGCGGGAGAAGAGAACGGCUGUCCCAGGUCAUGAGGAGACGGGCAGGGCAACGUUGAACCAACAUCCUUGGUCACGAGUGAGCGACUGCAGGAGAAAGCGGCUCUUUUCCACAGCGGAGCCUUCACAAGACUUAGUGUGUGUGUUUCUUCGUGCUUGAAUGGUGUGUUCAGAGUCCUCGUUACGAGCCUGGUUUGGUUGAGUCGACGCUGAGAGCUCCGACAAAGGACGAGAAACCUAUCCUGAGGUGACUCCUGUAACAGUUCCGCACACUGCAGUGAACCGGAUCUCUUUUGUUUGUCUCCAGAGUUCACUCGUACCUGGAGCACCUUCAUGGCGAACUCGACAGGCAAAACAUCGCUCUGCAGGUAAGCUCAAUGCCGCUGCCUCUCUCGUCUCGAUCUCAGCCCGCCUUCCCUUUGUCCGCUCUCAGCAGUCCCUGUUGCAUGCGCAGAAUCUUCGGAACGGAGAACGGGGAAAACGACGAUCCCCAUCAACCUUUCUCGGAUCUGGCCGAGCCGACUGCUCCCUGUAUCAGGAGCAGGCAGAAGAUGGUCUUCGCAGAGCCAUCAGGAAACAGCCACCCGAAGAGAGGGACGCAGGUGAGACAAAUAUCCAACGGACAAUGUCUGUCAUCACUCCUGACAUCGCUUGUUGUCAAGUUAGGCCGACAUGUAAGAGGGAGCAGUCGGCUGAACGGCGGCAUGACGCAUGUAUGCAAGGCAAAAACACCCUGA